AGUGUCAGGACAAAUUAUUUAUUUUUUAUUUUUUAUUUUUUUGUCUAAUAUAAUGUUUAACAAAACAUGAACAAGUAGUUUGUUUGGGAAAAACCUAAGCAUCUCUCUCGAACAAUAGUUUGUUUUGAAUCUAUUUUCUAUUAAAUGUAUCCUCAAAUUACACUUGUAAAAGCCUCCAUAUUUUUCACGUACAAUGCAUUUCUGGCAUUACCAAGCCUUGGUAACAUAAUAAAACACAAGCGACUCUCUGUUUUUACCAGAAAUAACAACUUCUUAUUAGUGACUUUUGUACUGAUGCAUUUUUGAUGCAAUUUCUCUAAUUAUACAUUUGUAGUUUGCAAAUGUUGGUGUGUGUGCACUUAAUUGUACCAAUAAGUUGCCAUGCAUCAUAAUGGACGACUUUGUAGACGCUGGCGGCAUCAGACAUAGCUGUCAUUUUUGUGGCUUUGAUUAUGUCUGCACAUGCUCAGUAGUGCGCGCAAUCUGAGCAGGCGCAACUACUGGCGAGAACUUUGAAAAAGGACAGUGGAAAAGCCUCUCAUUGUUAAGCUGACGCUUCCUCUUUAUUGACAUGUACUUUUAAAGAUUUUCAAAUAAUAUCUUUUAUAAAAUUAAUUGACACAAAUUCCCAAAGAUUACUUGCAUAGGUCAGAUGUAAUAUAAACUGAAGGCGAUCAAAAACUGAAGGCGAUCAAAGACAGACUGGUUAAUUGCUGGACUCAAACCAGUGUUUUUUGAAAUACCGUAUGAGUGCUCUACCAACUGAGCUAACAAGCCAUGUCCACUUUAUUGUAAUAAUGUUGUUUAUUAUUUGGUUAUAAUAUAGCAUAAAACAGGAUGUCCUUUUCGGGCCAUACAGAAUUAUCAAUAGUUUGUCUUUUCAAUUUCUGAACUUCGCACUAUUUUUGUCUGUGUUUUUCCCUCUUUUUAUUAAAAUUAUUGCGGUGAGUUUGCCAUCAAUUUGGAUGUUGUCUUUACACAUUGUCUUUACUCAAAAUGAGGUCACUGUUCUCAAGUAGUUAAACUGCAGGACUUGCAAUGGGUUCAGUUCCCCAAGCUAAGCGCUGAUUUCACAAUGACUAGAAUAAGUAUUGUCGUCUAGUUACUGAAUCACAAUUUCUUGAUUUGUGCAAUUCAUAAUCAUAGACGUUAAACCAAUGUUUGUAUGAGAGAGAUUCGUUGUUGUCAGCUCGGUGUUUAUAUCUCCUUGUGGGAGUUUGUCGAGUUCCCUUGACAGGAAGAUCAUCUAAACAAACAAGCAAACAAACAAUGAUACAACAUGAACUUUCCCAAGCCGUGCUUCGGGAGAACUUAUUUCUGAUAUUGUGUUGAAAUAUUAUUAAAAGGGAGGGGUACCCCUACUUACAAAAAGGGACAUAAUCAACUCUUUGAAUACUCUCCGCUCAAUUCCAGAUUUUCAGCAGAACUCUGUAUUUUCCAUUGAGCUAAUGGAAUGGAUGGACAAAUUUUGAACUUAUUUUUGUAACUUUGUAAAUGUAACUCGGUACAUUUUAAUACAAAUAGUACACUCGUAGAUAGUCUGGAUUUGAUAAUUAGUCGAGUAAACAUUGUUGAUGCACAUUCCAGUGUCAAAUUUUACACUAGAUCCAGUCCAAACGUCUUUCAAUGAAUAUUUGUUUUAAACUUUUAUUUCGGCAAGUUUUCAGAGGGGCGAACACUAAAAAAGUUGAGCAUAGAUGUUUAUAGAUGUUGUGGAUGAGUGGUCUAUUACACUGUGUUCAAGCUCUGUCAUUCGCAGUGUGUUCGAAUCUUAGCCAAGCUGGUUGCAAUGCUUCUUUCGUUGUGCAAGCUACUUGGGACUUAACUGCUGUAGGUCUCACGUACUAAGAAAGCGCUUGUAAAAGACCCCAGAAUACUUAUCAUGGAAGAGUAGGGGUUUACCUGGUUCAUUGCAAGAUACAGGUUUCCCUGAGUUUGGGGCAUCCUUGCUAGAAAUUAAUAAUGAUAACGUAGUUGUUGAAAGUUUUAUUUGCAGUCUAAACACUUGUAUAAAGUUCAUAUAUAGUGGCUUCUUAUAUAAAACUCAAAUCCACCUCUCAGUGACCCUCAUGACACUCCAACUGGGCCAUUUCAGCUCUCUUGGGAGGGUACAUCCUGUGCCACCCAAUAUGUAGUGCACCCCAAGCUAAAUCAACCCGCAAGAACCAUCCCUCACAUGUACCCGUUUACUCCUGGGUAAAGAGGAGCAAUUAUAGUUUAGCGUUUGGCAUCAGUGUCAUGACCAAGAUUCGAACCCACAUCCAGGUAGGUGACCAUAUUAUCGUGUCACUUAUCUUAUAGUUAUUUUUUAUUCUUUACUUCUUGUUUUUUUUUACAAUUAAAAGUGCGUCAUCUGUCAACUUGUUAGCAAAUUAAUUUUAUUUAAUUAUCCGUAAAUGCAAUUCUUCACCUAGAGAUAUGUGCUUGCAUUUUGUAAGAAUAAACCAAAGUGGUGUUCAGCGUCACAUCAAUUGAACAUGGAAGUUCAAGUUGUGGUAGUUAAUUUUGACUCGAUAUUUUGUUAGGAUUUCACAGUUGCUAAUUUGAUUGAACAAUUUGUGGAAACUUUUAAAAACCAUUAAGUUGCACUGAUGUCUAUUAAGUAUGUAUAGUCAUGCAGGUAGCAUGGUAUAGUAUACCCGGUACUUUCCCGAGUUCUGUGGAAAAAAAAGGGCAAUCACUCAGUCAGAUUUGAACCCACCACAAACCAAGUUUAAAAGCAAUAACCAAUACAUGUAAUAUGAAGUUGUUCAAAAAUACCGGCCCGCUAAAAGUGUAUAGCGCCCUCUGUUGCCCUAUUCAUUUUCGACUAGUUCCGUGCUCACGAAGAAGUGCGGUGUUUCAUAUCAAUACAUUAUUUGCAUAAUUAAUUGGUUUUGUGAUGUCACCAUACAUAAAGUAAAUUUAAAAUUAAUAAAUACAGUCAUUAUGAUACACUUUGUAAUAUUUAAUGAAUCUAAAGGGGUUGACAGUGAUAAGUUUAUAUUAUUUGAUGUAUAAACGUAAUAUUGCGCGGUCUAUAUUGUUUAUGUGGGCGGAUGAGCACACCUGUUUGAUUAGACGUGAAAAGGCCUUGACUACGGGAAAAACCAAGCGUGGCUGUUUAAUGUUGUUGACGUCGUCUAAACGCUAAAUAAUACAAUAGCUUGUAUUUAUCCCACAUAGUGAAUAAAUCACUCGGAUACUCAGUGUUAUCUCUUUACGUACACACAGACUUUGUCGCACGACUGACUACUGACUACCCGGGCUUAGUCGAUAAUUAUUAUGUUUUGAUUCCAAAAAUAUUCUCGAAAGUGUGAAGUCGAUAAACAGUCAGCCAAAAUGUCGUCGUCUCAAGACGUUAUCAAGAGCACUGCAAAGAAGUUAAAAUACUACAUGGAAGUGAAGCGAUUGGAAGACGCCUUUGACCUAUCAGGACCUGACAAGCCCCAGAGACACUACCCUACACUCAAACCUAGACCUACGUUACUAUAUGAUGGUCUUCAUGAUCGAGCCCUCAAGCAUUAUUUCCGCAAUGCCGAAGUGAAGAAACACCUGGCUCAGAUGAAUCCAAGGACCAGCCAGGAUGAACGUGAAUCCAAAGUCAGGAGAGAUGUUGACGCCUACAUGUCAAAAUCACAUUUCACUAGCCCUUAUACCAACAUAGUGAGAGCAAAACCACCCCCGAAGAAAAGGAAGGGUAACUUCCGCGGAGGUCCUCUCUUACUGAGAUCUCGUCACGGUCCACAGCUAUCUAGAGGAGAGACGGAGAGACUUGUCAAUGCUGCUACUAAGCUUCUUGUAGCCACAGAAACUAUUCCAUUGGAGCAGAAGAGGAAUGGACGUAGUCAAUCUGGAAGGUACAAGGACAGUGGAGUCGGAAAUAGUCUUCCUAUGAUCUCGAGUGGUCAGGACGAGUAUGGGUUCAGACCCACAAGGCCAGACAGACCCAAAUCAACAUACGGAAGCCGCUCCUCGCGCCCAAUGUCGUCGUACGGGGAGCGCCCUCGACCCAAAUCAGCGAUGGAGAGCAGACCCAAGUCAGCCGCUAAGAGUUCACCAAGCACAGCACGCUAUGGAUAUGAUUCCUCUGGACGGAAGAUUAAGCUACAUUUAGAGAAACCAAGACAUUACGAGGCGUCAGAGUCGGACCAGGAUCCUGACGAUUAUGAUAUUGAUGACUCUAUGGACAAUAAUAUGAGAAUCCUGGUACCAGUCAAGGGCUCUGGCAGGAAUCAAGCUCCAGAGUGGCUCAAUAUUCAGAUGUCAAAGGUCGGCGUGGAUGACUUUCUAGAUGAUGAAGAGGAGGAAGAAGAAGAGGAGGAGGAUGAUGAGCAAGGAGACACCAUCAGCCAAGGAGAUGAGGUCCUUCAUAGCAUCGACAACACCACUCAGACCGGACGGGAGAUGAGUUGCCAGACCGUAGAGAAACAAGACAACGAGAAGGACACACAGACGAGACGAGCCAACACCGAGGAGAGCAUGACGGACCCUUACCAAGCGGACAUGGCCAUACAGACGGCCCCACCUCCUGUCACUUCAGGCACUCAGACAUUAGUCCCGCCCCCGGAGGUCUCAACCCAGACGGUCCCAGCGUUGCCAACUAUCGGUACUCAGACGUUCCCCGAGGUGUUCUGCCAGACCACACCCAUUUUUAAUAUGGAGACGCAGACUGAAGUACACCAACCUGAGGUUGCUUGUCAGAUUGAACCCCCAAAUGAGAUGGGUGUUCAGGUUGACCCGCCCCCACCACCCCCUUCCCCACCACCAACUCCACCCCCAGAACCAGAACCCGAACCCAUCGAGGACUAUGAAUUCCUGAAGCACGGUCCACGACUCAAAUCAGGCAAGAGGACCAUCUAUGAGCUCUCGAUCCACACUGGGAACCGGCUAGGGGCAAGCACCAGGGCCGAUGUUCACGUCACACUCUACGGAGAAAAGGGCAACACAGGGAAGAUCAAGCUCAAGCAAUCUAAAGACACUAAAGACGGCAAGAAGGUCAAGUUUCAGAAGGGACAGAUUGAUGUAUUCAAAGUGGAAUCCUACUUGGUUGGCAAGAUAGAAUGCAUAUGCAUUGGCCAUGACAGGAGAGAACUAGGUUGUGGCUGGUUCCUUGACAAGGUAAUGAUCCGUGAGUAUGGAGACUCAGUCUCGUACGAGUUUGUCAGUGAGCGCUGGCUCUCGGCUCAAGAUGAGGAUGGACAAACAGUCAGAACGAUACCAGUCACUAAUAUAAUCAUGGAUGUCUCCUCUAGCUCUGCAUCUGAAACUGAAAACAAUGAUUAUGUGGAGAUGAGCCCAGACAGUAGCACUUACACAGACACUGACCGGCACCUCCGACAGAUCACCGAGCUUGAUGGUCAUUUUGUCCGCAGCAGCCCACCCCAAUCCAAGACGUCAUACCACAGCGACACUAGCCAAGGUCGUGCCUCCUCAGUCCGGUCAAAUGCCUCCCGUCACCGCCUUAAGAAUCGACGGAAGCAGAAAAAGAGCAGAAAACACAGCAAGGAUAAGAAAUCUCGCAGGAAGGUCAAAACACCCGUAACAACGACCGGAACGGAGUCCGACUCGGACUCAGACUCUGAGAAAAGCGAUAAGUCUGUAAAUAGUGACUCUGAUAGCGAUAGUGAUGAUGAUAGUGACAGCAAUAGUGGAAGUAGAUCCAGCAGCGGGUCUGGUAGUAGCUCAGGAAGUAGUAGUGGUAGCAGCUCUAAUAGCUCAGGGAGCUCUGAUGACGAUCGUAAAGCUGAUGGGAACAGUAGGGGUGGGUCGAUACACAGCGGACGGUACCGGGACCGUAAUGGUGGGAAAGACUCCCCACAGGAAGGCGGUCCUGUGGACCCUGUCUCGCUGGGAACAGACGAUGACCAAACGGGAGUUUCUGGUGUCGUCAAGUCAUCUCAGGGGAGUCUCUCCCAAGCUGGCAGUGUAGCAAGGAAAUCAGACUCGGAUAGUGAGCUAACAUCACAAUCCAAGGAGGCUAGUCAGCAAGAUCCAACAAGGGCAAAAGACAAUCAAGGAAAUAGUGAAUACAUGACUGGAUUCAAGGCUGCUCUGAAGAUGAGAGAGCAACAGAAGGAUGCAGAAGAAGAAAGGCGGGAAGAAGAGGAGGAGAUGAGAAGAGAAGAAGAGGAGAGAUUGCUGAUGGGGCCUUCUGUCCAUCAAUGCUGCAAGCAGGGUGACCUAGAACGGGUCAAGACGCUCGUACAACACAAUCAAGAAUUUAUCAACUCACCAGACGAAAGGGGCUGGACACCACUCCACAUAUCAUCAGCAAACGGAAGGCUAGACAUUGUGAAAUACCUCACUUCGAAUGACGCCAAUAUUAACGACUUGACACCUACGGGUUACACAGCAAUGCAUAUGGCAGCCAUGAAUGGCCACGUCUCUGUAGUCAAAGUGUUAGCUGCUAUGGGAAUGAUGGUGGACUGUCGGACAGUGGAUGAACAGACACCGUUACAUAUGGCUGCCAUGAGUGGCCAUCUGGAAUGCACAAAGUGGUUAGUGGCAAACAACGCCCCCUUAGAUGUCAUUGACAACAUGGGUCGAACAGCCUUUGACCUUGCAGAGGAAUACCAGCAUAGCGAUGUGACAGCCUUCCUAAAGUCAUGUCAGAAGGAGCUGAAGCGGCAAGGGAGCUCGCUUUCAAUGCUUCGGAGCAGAUCACCCAGCAUGGGUUCCCAACAUCGGCAAACCCACUCAGAGUCUGAUAGCGAGAAAGACAGUUCCAAGGAUGCUCGAUCAUCAUUCAGUGAAGAAGACGUUGCUCCCAAGCAACAGAAAGAAAAGAAACAUGCAAUUUUGGAACGUAAGAAGUCUUUUAAAGACCAACAGGAGCGAAUGAGCACCUCUGGUAUGAGUUUCUUAGAUAUCAUUCGAGCUGAGUACUCGGAUGAAGAAGCUCAACAACAAUGAGGAACCAGGUUUAACUGGUUCACUAGACCCGACCGUACCAAACCGGUUCCGAUGGUUGGAACCGCAUUGAACUGGAUCCACACAGUUGAAUAUCUAUAUGUACUUGAACUUUAAAGGACAGUGAACCACCUUCAAGUAAAAACUGAGGAUUUAUUUUAAACUGUAUUACUUUCUUAAUACAGUUUUAAUGAGGCUGAAUAUUUAAAUUGUUCAAAUCCCUGAUAACUCUGUUUGUUUUACUUUGUUUGUUUUAGUGGCUUGGAUUAUAAAAAUGCAAUGUAUAUGGAGUGUAGUGCCUCCACUUCUGAAAUAACUGGGCAUAUUUUUACCAAUAAUUGUACCUUUGUAUGUUGUUUCAUUUUUCUCUUUUUUUUCCCCCAGUGAAAUAAGUGUAAAUACUUGGACUUUAAAUAAAUUUGCUGGUUGCAAUCAUCUAUAUUCAUACCAGGGCUUUAAAAUAAACAGACCGAUUACUUUUAAAUUUUGCUUCUCUAUUUUUUACAACACAGGAAUGUCUUUCAGAAAAAUAGGAAAUGUAUUAAAACUAAUUUAUAAACAGCAUUAUUUUUUUUCGUUAGAUUAUGGUCUUGCAAAAUUCCACAAAAAGUAGCUAAGCAAAAAAUAAGAUGAGAUACCUACCAGAAUAGGAAUACCCACCCACCAAAACUUACCAAAUUGUCUUUUUAAUUUAAUUGGAGACGAUAUGUGAUUUGUGACGCAUGUGGCAGCUGAAUUUAAUUUUUUUUUUCAAAGAACCCGAUCACUGUAAGCUACACAUUUUGCAUACAUUUUAGAUUGCAUUCAUUUAUUCAUGAUGGAGAAAGUGAAUUUUUUAAAAUACAUUUUAGACUUACACAAUUAUAUUUAACUUAUUUGAGGUGUUUUGUUGUAAAAUGUUAAGCCGCCAAAAAACUUUCUUGAAGAUAUAUAUACUAAAAGUACUUUCUUAAAAUAGAAAGACUGUUUUUUACAUUGUUAUGCUGAUUUAUAGGCCAAGUUGUCAUUAAAAUUACAGCCAAAGUGGCCAUGAAAGUGUCGGCUGCAUUACAGUGUCCUUGUUCAGAAAACGGUAGAAAACUGUCACAGUUUUUUCUCUCAAGAAUUUUGAAUCCACUCGAGGUGGCAGUGGGAACCAAUCUGUGUUUUUAGUAUUUAGAAAAUACUUACUUUUUAUUUAGUUUUCUUCAGGCGAUGUUUGGAGACUCGAAAACUGGUUGAUUAUACUUGUAUUGCAUUUUUAUCAAAAGGGGAUUUUCACAUGAAAUAACGAUCUUUAUUUUUUAACAAUUUGCUUCCACUAAAACUUAAAAGUGUCAUUUUCCCCCUUCUUUGUUGGGGUGGUGGUGGGGGGGGGGUUACCAAAGUGUGAUCCUACUUAUAUUGUACCUGGGAAUGCAAUUUAUAAUCGCAAGACUUAUUAUUGGUCUGUUGUUACUGCUGUCAUAACAAAUAUGAUCUUGAAGUCUACAUUUAAUUUUUGGGUAGAUUUGUCUUUGUAAAAUUUGAGACUGUUUAAGACAUGUGGUUUGUGCAGUUUUGCAAUCCUGCCAUGGUUUAAAAUGAUCUCCAUUACAUUUUAAUAUUGCGAUGUAUAAAGAAUUAGAGAAACUUUCUUCGUACAAGUUAAGAAACAAUCAAAUAUUAGUGAUUGAAUAAUUUAAUCUAUGCAUUUAUUAAUUAUUAAUUAUGUAGACUGAUAUUUUAUUGUCAUAAAAUUGUGAAUAAUGUUUACGGUU